CGUCGCUUCUUUGCCCAGAGAACCGCUUUUCUGCUCUUCGCAUCGUAUCGCCCUUCUUCUUCCGCCUCCAGCCGUGAUGCUCGUCUCCAGAGGCCUCUGGGCCGUGUUCGGCUUGCUCCAGGUCGCCUCGACCGCCCGCGCCGCCUCUGUUCCGCAGGUGCCGCUCGUCCUCGAAACUGAUGAAUCCAGCGUCCCGAUGAAAAAGUUCCCCAAUGCCCGCGCCUUCCUCCGCUUUGUCAACCACACCCUCUCCGAGCUCGAGUACCCUACCAACCAGGCGUCGUGGGAGUAUGAGACCGACAUCACCGACGAGCACGGCCAGCGCGCCGUCGAGGCCCAGAUGGUUUUCAACCAGGCCCUCCAGAACAUCCUGAACCAGAUCGGAGACUAUCAUGGCUCAAACGACGACGAGAAGCGCCAGCUCGAGCUCCUCUCGCUGAUGGUCGGCAACCCCAAGGAUCCCGAGGACCAGCGUGUCUUGUCGGCAAUCGAAGCCGACAUGGUGAGCAUAUAUAGCACUGCCAACGUCGACGGUCUCAGCCUGGAUCCCGACCUGGUCAAGAUCAUGGCCUAUUCGCGCGACUACGACGAGCUCAAGCACGCAUACCUUGGCUGGAGAAACGCCACCGGUCCUCGCAUGAAAGGCCUCUACACGGCCUUUAUCGACCUGCUGAACAAGGGCGCUCGCCAGGGCGGCUUUGAAGACACUGGCGAGCUCUGGCGCUCGCAGUACGAUAUGAAGCCCAAGAAAUUUGAGAAAAUGAUCGACAAAGUCUGGAAGCAGGUCCUGCCCCUGUAUCGCGAGCUACACUGCUAUACGCGAGCCAAACUCGUCGAAAAGUAUGGGGCUGACCGAUUUGGAAACGACGGGCUGAUUCCGGCCCAUCUUCUCGGCAACAUGUGGUCCCAGGACUGGAGUACCAUCUUCGACAUUUUGGUGCCCUUCCCAGACACCAAGCCAAUUGAUGUGACCAAGGCUCUGAUCGAACAGAACUACUCAGCCGAGGCCAUGCAUCGACUCUCCGAGAGCUUUUACCACUCUCUUGGCUACGAUAAGCUCCCUCAGUCCUUCUGGGAAAAAUCGAUGCUCACCAAGCCUUCCGACCGCGAGGUUGUGUGUCACGCCAGUGCCUGGGACUUUGGAAACAACGAUCUCCGCAUCAAGAUGUGCACCAAUGUCAACCAGGAGGACCUUUUCACGGUGCACCAUGAACAGGGCCAUCUGUACUACGACCACUACUAUCGACAUCUCCCGUACUUGUACCGAUCUGGAGCUGCCGACUUUUUCCACGAGGCUAUUGGAGACACCGCCGUUCUGUCUGUCGUUGUCCCCAAGCAUCUGAAGGAGAUUGGUCUGAUCGAGGGCGAGAUCGAGGAUAGCUGGCAGCAGACCAUCAACUAUCAGAUGCUCGUGGCCCUCAGCAAGGUCGCUGUGCUUCCAUGGGCCUUCCUGGUCGACAAGUGGCGAUGGCAGGUUAUGAGCGGACAGGUCCCUCCCCACAAGUAUCAGCAAGAAUGGGACUCGCUUCUCGAGAAAUACCAGGGAAUCAAGCGACCCGAGCCCGCCGAUGUCGACUCCUUCGACCCUGGCGCAAAGUACCACAUCCCGGCCAACACCCCGUACAUGCGAUACUUUGGAGCCGCGGUGAUUCAGUUCCAGUUCCAUCACGGCCUCUGCAAGGCUGCGGGACACAAGGGCCCGCUCCACGAGUGCAGCAUCUACAAGAACAAGGAUGUUGGAAAGAAGUUCCGACACAUGCUCGAGAUUGGCAGCAGCCAGCCGUGGACCAAGGCUGUUGAGGCCGGCUCCGCGGGCCUCUACGACACCCUCGACGGCUCCGCGCUCAUCAAGUACUUUGAGCCCCUGCUGGAGUACCUCAAGAAGGCCAACAAGAAGAAUGUGUGCAUCUGGAAGUAGUCGAUGGGUCGUGUGCGGCAAGCCAGCCUUGCGAUGGCGGCGAGAGCGUUUGCUACAGUCGGUCCAGAAAGAAACGGGACAGCCACUUUCUGGCAUCAGAGGCAAAGGUCUGCUGAUCCGCAGGCCCCAGUGGGCAAGCCGUGAGAUUGUUUCCCGUCCUGGUUGGCAAUCUCUCGGUUUCGUUGGUUCGGAAAGCGUAGUCUUGAAUACACUCGGUCGAUCUCUUGUGGCGACUA